AUAACCGCUAUAUAGUCCUAUUUUGUGUGUACUGAAUGAAGUUGGCUCGUUGAAUGAACGUUUACUUCGCAACAAUGACUGUCGCAAAGUCACGUCUAACGUAACAGGAUAUAGCCCUUUGCUUACUUACGAGUGGGUAUCUGGCUAUGGAACAUUAGCAACCGUAGCUUUCGGUCCUCCUCUGCGAACAUCUGACACCUCAUAUAGUUUGCUAAUAGGCUAAAUUGUCUAAUUUAGAAAAAUGAGAGUACCUUGCAAAACGCUAUUGCGAUAUGUGAUGAUCGCAUGUGUAGCGUUUCAUGCUGUCGAACCUUUUAUAAUUGAUAUUCUUGUAGGUGGCGUUGCAGUGUGGUGGGGUAGUCGGGAAAGUUGUAACCCAAAAUGGAUGGAAUUCAAUUCAACAGGAUUGGAAGUAGACCUGCAGAGAAAAAUGUUCGGUCAGCAUAUAGCUUCCAAAGUCAUAUUGAAAGCUGUAACAGGUUUCAUGAACAAUAAGAACCCAAAGAAGCCCUUGGUCCUAUCUCUCCAUGGGUGGACUGGCACAGGGAAGAACUUCGUCAGCCAUCUAAUAGCUGAGAACAUCUACAGAGAAGGAAUGAGAAGUGGCUUUGUCCACAUCUUCACAUCCGAGCUUCACUUCCCUCAUCCAAGUCGGCUUGAGAUAUACAAGUCCCAGUUGCAGCAGUGGAUCAAGGGUAAUGUUACCAACUGCCCACGAUCCUUGUUCAUCUUUGAUGAGAUGGAUAAGAUGCAGCCCGGUCUUAUUGACAGUAUCAAGCCAUACCUGGACUACUACGAAAAACUGGAUGGUGUUUCAUACCGUCAAGCCAUCUUCAUCUUCCUCAGCAAUGCUGGUGGAGAGCAUAUCACAGAGAGGGCCCUGGAAUUCUGGAAGGCUGGUGCUAACCGAGAGGAGAUUGAGCUGAAGGACCUGGAGAUGGCUCUCUCUCUUUCCGUGUUCAAUAACAAGAAAAGUGGCUUAUGGCACACCAGUCUGAUAGACAAGAAUCUGGUGGACUACUUUGUUCCCUUCCUGCCUCUGGAGUACAGACAUGUGGUCAUGUGUGCCAAGGCAGAGAUGCUCAGCAAGGGACUGAAGCCCGACCCCAAUAUCGCGGACAAGGUGGCGAGUGACCUUGUCUACUUUCCUAAGACUGAGAGGGUCUUCUCUGUCAAAGGCUGCAAGACCAUUGGGCACAAGCUGGACUACUACACAUAAACGUCAAGAGCCUCCAGUCGUCGAAGAGAACCUUACUAUUGCCUUCUGUUUGCACUUUCUUCUGGAAAAGUCUGUCGAUCCGAGUGAUUAGGUCAGUAACUGAACUCUAAUUGAGAGAGGGUUGUUUCCCUUAUAUUUACCAGCUUCCUUAUUCUCAUGUGGAGGACAUCGACAGGUGACUUUUGAUGAUGCUACAUCUCCAUGCAGCUAAUUCAACGAGUUACUUGAAUUAGGGAGAAAAGUAGCAAUACCAGAAGGGAAAGACUAUCCUUGGAAGCAAUCAAGGUGCCUAUGGAUCCCUGCUUUUAUCUACGUUUGAAUCUUGAAUACAAUUUCCUAUUUUAGAGGGGGUUAUGUCACUCUCAUGAGCGAUAAAUGAAGUCUAGUCAUGUUUUUAAAAUAAAUGGGGUAAAUGAAUUGUCAUUGGAAAAAGCACUCACAAAUUGUGCAAUUUUGGUGCACUCAAAAACCUAUUUGUAUUUUGCUGGUUGAUAAUACUUUGUGUACCUUUUAUUCCGACAUGGAAAUAUCUGCCUUGCUCCUCAGGUGUGCCUAUAUUUUUGACAGAAAUCGUAAAGCAUUACACCAGCAUCCUCUUGAUCAAAUUAUUUCAUUUUGGUUCUCGUCUGUUAAUUCAGCAGGUGAUGUACACUUCAAGUCAAGACACUGUUUAUUUAAGAUUAUAUCUGUGUUUACUGUGCCUGACAUGCAGUGUAUUGUACAUGCAUAUACAUGCAGUUACAGUUAAUGACCCAAACAUUAGUAUCAUGCACUUUCAUCAAAGGCCUCUUGCAUUCGAUUUUUGUAUGAAGUUGACAAGUUUGUUUUGGGUUAUAUUUAAUGGAUAUCAACAUGGCUAUUAUGGAUGAUGGAGGGGAUUUUUUUUAUCAAUGCUACUGUAAAGUUUGCAUGUACCCAAAGAAAGUCAGAUUCCUGUUUUCGCUUAAACCAGGUAGCAUUGAAACUCGGACCUUGUAAGUGCUUGCUGUCAAAACUGAGAGAUUGGACUUGUCAACGCACUGCAGAUUUAUCAUGUAAGGCCAGCUACUGUUUUGGGGGCUUAUGUAUGGAAUGUGUAUUCUGUCACCUUCUGUAUCUUCCGAGCCAUUAUUGUUUUUAAGUUAAUCUGUUAGAUGCCAAUCCACAAAGACUCGAUUGCCAAUAUACCCAAGUGAGAGCUUCUCCACUACUGUUCUUUAUGUCUGGUCGUAAUUUGCUUUAAUCGGAAACCCAAAUAAAGCCUAGUGAUUUUU